CAUAGUUUGCCUAAUAUUCGCCAAACGUUUGUGUUUAUUCGAAACUGAUAGACAUGUUAUGUGUGGUAGUUUUAAGCUUAAUUUUCUUAAGUGUUUGUAUAACCAAGUCUAAACAAGCACGAUGCCCAGAAAUACAGAUAGAAAACGGAGAAAUUGGCUACAUGGGGAACAGAGAGAUAUACCAUAUGGCAUAUAUUAAGAAAUGCGCAGAUGGUUAUACGUUUGAUGGGUCUCAAGUGGCUGAGUGCCUUCCUACCUUAAGAUGGGACAACGACUUACGUUGCAUCAAGACAUUGCCGAAAUGCCCUGAACUUAUGACAGAAAAUGGAGAAGUGACCUACAUUGGAGGCAGAGAGAGAUACACUUUUGCACAUAUUACUUGCAAUGAAGGCUACAGCAUUGAUAAAGAUGGGGUUGAAACAGUUGAAUGUCUUCAAAGUCUUCAAUGGGAGAACAACUUAAAUUGUUACAAGCCUUGUGAUACUCCCACCAUAGAAAAUGGUAUACUUCGGAGUGACAUAUUCAACGUAAAGUAUUCAAAAGCAACCAUCAAAAGCGGACAAAGUGUGUCAGUAUCAUGUGAAGCCGGCUAUGCUCUUUAUGACAAUAAGAAGGAUGAUUUCCUAGAAGAAUCUACUUGGCCAAUAAAAUGUGAGCUUGGAAAAAUGACGUUCGUACCGUCUUGUAAGAAAGGUGCAUAUGGAUAUAUCUGUAGCUUUAACAGCGACUGCCACCACGGUUUAGUCUGCUUCCAUGGAAAAUGCCGCUGCGACAAAUCUUACACUUAUGAUUUGAAAGCACGCACCUGCAAGAAGAUAUGCCGCGGCACAAAUGACGGGUUUUAUAUGCAUGGGACAUCUAAUGCCCAUUACGAUAGCUACAAAGACCGAUAUACAAACUGCUCAUACGUCCACGGAAAUCUCGAGUUAACCUAUCUGAAAGGACCGUACGACCUUGGAUUUCUUUCAGACAUUGAAGAAAUAUCCGGAUAUGUGUUCAUUGUCAACGUUUACUCAUAUUACCUAAAUCUUACGAAGUUACGGAUAGUACGGGGCACUGAAUUAUUUCACUAUAGAGGGGUGGACUUUAGUUUGUUUGUAGCAAACAAUUAUGACCCAUUCAACGAUACACAUGGCCUUCUAGAACUGCAGUUGAUCAGUUUGACUGAGAUCAGUCGGGGAAAGGUUCUCUUCCUAUAUAACAACUUGCUGUGUUUUGAAAAUACAAUCCGCUGGGACGAUAUUAAUUCAUUGACGAGAACAUCUGUUAACGCUGCUUUCAUUUCCAAACUCAAGCGGCGUUGCCCCGACUGUUCGGAGGAGUGCUAUAACAGGCAGACAGGAGACAGUCAUUGCUGGGGAAGUGCACCAGGAAUGUGUCAAAAACUGAACUUCAUAUCGGCGGUCUGUGACAGUUCAUGCGAUGGGAGAUGUUUUGGUAAAGAGCAGGAUGAAUGUUGUCAUCCUGAAUGCACAGGAGGUUGUGUAGGACCCGGAAGGGAGCAAUGUCUAGCGUGUAAGAAUUUCUACUUCGAGGGUUCCUGCCAUCCUUACUGUCCAAGGAUGAAAAUGUUUGACCCAUCUACACAUCAAGUUGUCAAUAACCCGGAUGGACGUUACGCCUUCGGUUCCCUUUGCGUAAAAGAUUGCCCACCUUACCUUGUGAAAGAAAAUGAUGCAUGUGUGAUCGAGUGCCCAGCAUACAAGUCAGCGAACCCUAACACCAGCAUAUGCCAACCUUGUUUCGAAAAUUGUCCUGAAAAACCAUGUCGGUUGAACCAUGAAAAGGGUCGUCAUUUUUUACAAUUCGGAAAUGUUCUGGUCAAAGAGGCUCCGCAUGGAACGAUUGUGACUGUCUUCUGCGAAAACGGCUUUGACAAAGACGAAAGCAAUGACGCUUCUUACUCAGAUAUCCAAUGCUUGAGGGGACAGUUUGAAAAAAUGUAUCAUUGCUUCGAGAGAUGCGAAAUCCCACAAAUAGAAAAUUCGGAGGUUUCGAAACUCAAUAAUCAAUCUAGAAGCGCAUUAAAACAUGGCGAAACGAUAAAAGUAACUUGCCAAAAAGGAUUCAUUCUUUCCAAUCCACAUGCAUACGGCCGGUACGAUGGAACUCACAACGGCUCGGAACUAACAUUGACUUGCACAAAUGGCACGUUGAUUGGCAUGGAGGGUAUAAUGUGUUUACGACAAUACCAACUAGAAAACCGCAGUCACAAAGGUAAGCUUAACUGCACCGCACCUCAUUCGGAUGACGUUCAAUUGUAUAGCCUAUCUAGUGAGAAACUGGCGGCAGGAACGGUGAUAAAUCACGGAAAAGCAAUUAUUGCGGAAAUGACGUGUGAAAAUGGAGACGAAGAGUUGGACAACCAUAUUGAGAAUUUUCAGCCAAACGAAGAUGGCAACCCUUCUCAAACAAAAGUUCAUGUGCAGCUGACAUGCACAAACGGUGUUAUUCCUGACUAUGAUACACUUUCUUGUUCGGCAGGGACAACCGACCCACAAGUUAUAAAUCCUAAUGAGUGCAAGAUUCUGCCAAAUGGCACGGUCACAGAUAGUGGUCAAUCAUUUGAGUGCAACCAUGGUUACGCAUACGCUGACAGACUUUUGUACGAGAGAUACAGUUGUUCUUGUAACAGAGAGAUUCCUGCCUUGGUGUGCAGUGGAAAGCAGGCCCAGUGCAAACCAAUUAACUGUAAGUUAAACGGUUCGAUUGAGCACGGGUUGACUGUAAUGUAUAAAGGAUUGAUAAUCAGUGCCACUGCAAUAGAAGCGAUAGAUCAUGGAGAAUCAGCCGUAUUUAACUGUGAAAGUGGCGGAAACGGUGAAACAUACGAACCAAAAUUGCGGAUCUUUAAAUGCGACAUUGGCAACUGGGUAGUAGAAAACGGGAUAGGCGAAUCAUGGUCGCUAGGUAACAAUGGAUCGUUUCCUGAAUGUCGACCAGCAAAGUGUGAGUGUCAGAAUGGAGGAACAUGUAUUCGAGAUGAGACGUGUAAAUGUUCAUCAUUCUCAACCGGACAGCAGUGUGAAACACCACUUUGUCCCAUUGGAUGUCAAAAUGGUGGGACAUGUACGUUUCCAAACACGUGUAGCUGUCCGGAAAGAUUUUCUGGCACUCGUUGCCAAACAGAGACAUUGAAACCAUGGAAACCUGACAACAGUUAUUAUUUGGGAAACAAAGACGAAUAUCUUGAACAUCAUGAAACUUACAAAUUCCGCUGUAACUCGAACUUUGAACUGAAGCAAAAUGGCCGUUACCUUAGUGAAAACAAAUAUAACACGCGUAAAGUUGAGGUGGAGAAUUUAAAUGGAGGUUUGAAAUACGACGGUAAAAAGGAUGCAAACACGCUGUCGUGUGUUGAAAAAAGGUGUUUUCAAAUGGAUCAAUCGAAAUAUCCCAACGUGAUCAUUCAACCGAAGACAAAAUAUGUAGAGCAUGGACAGUCUUACCAUUUAUCUUGCGAGAACGGCUAUGAACACAGUCUGGAAAGCGACCCAGAUUGGACGUGCAGCUUUGGUAAACUUAAUGGGAUAUUUCCUCACUGCACAGAAAAGCCUUGUGAUACUCCUGCCGUAAAAAAUGGUGUACUGCGAAAUUUUCAUAAAAAGUACUCCAAACCAACCAUUGUGAGCGGCGACAUUGUGUUACUACAAUGCAGUCAAGGAUUCUUUCUGUAUGAUAACAGCAAAAACGAGUUCAUGGAGGAACAUGUAUUUCGCAUCAAAUGUUACCGCGGGAACAUAACAUCCAUACCAUCGUGUAAAAAAGCGUCACGUUGUGAGCUUCCAAACGAUCCAUACGCAUCAUAUUAUGUCAACGGUGAAAUAUAUAGAGGAAACAACACAAUCUCACACAAAGACAAGGUGGACCGUGUCGAGUGUGAAAGUGGUACUAGUUUAACAAAGCCAUUAAAUGGCAAAAACAGAUGCUGGGAUGGCAACUGGAAAUUAGGAGCGGAAUUACCAGUUUGUGAACCAGAUCCAUGUGGUUUAAAUGAGGAAAAUGGUCGACAUUUUAUUAGCAUAAAUGGAAAGGAAGUAGAAAGCGAAGUCGCGCAUGGAAAUAAAGUGAACGUCGUUUGUGAUGAUGGAGAUUACGAUAUAGUCGGAAACGAUGAGGAUUCUAAUUCAGAAAUACAGUGUCUGAAAGGGAAGUUUGAUAAAAUGUACCAUUGCGUCGAGAGAUGUACAAUCCCAGAUAUAUCAAAUGCCACCACCACCCGCUCAAAUGGCACACAUCCAGAUAAGCUGAAGCACGGAGAAAACGUGUCAGUAUCAUGCGAAGACGAAUUCAUUUUUUAUGAUAACAAGAAGUUCAUUGAGGAAGGUUCCUUUAUUAUGACAUGUGCAUCCGGAAAAAUACCGUCCAUACCAUCAUGUAGAAAAGCGUUGAACUGUUCGCUUCCACGUGAUCCAUAUGCCUUAUAUUAUGUCAACGGAGAAAAGCAUAUCGGAGCCACAAUAUUACAUGAAAGCAAGGUCCAUGUCGAAUGUGAAAACGGUACUAGUUUAAUAGUGUCCUCGGACGACGUCAGAACAUGCAGGAAUGGUGACUGGAAAUCAAGAGAACCAUUCCCAGUCUGUGUACAAGGAUGUGCCAUCCCAGAUAUACCAAAUGCGAACAUCACACGAACAAAUGGCAAACAUACAGAUAAGCUGAAGCACGGAGAAAACAUCACGGUUACUUGCCAUGAAGGAUACAGUGUCCAAAACAGUGAGGUCGAUGACUAUUAUUUAUAUCUUGACUACCUUGAUGAUGAUAGCAAUGACGCACACUUCAAUCUGACAUGCAAAAACGGUACGAUAGGAAACAAAAAAUGUGAACUAUCACAAGACAGUAAAGAUCAACAAGAAAACAUGGAUCCUAAGAAGAAACCAAGCGUGCUUAACUGCACCAUACCUGAGACCACCGAUGUACACUUUGUGACACUUUCCGGCGAGAAAUUAAAAGAGGGGACGAAGAUACCUAAUGGCAAACAGGCUAGAGCGGAGAAGGAAUGUAAGGAUUACUACGAAGGUUACUACCUUAAUUACGAUGACGAUGAUGGAGAAGAAAUUAGUCCGCCAACAAGACCUAUUCAUAAGAUAGUUAAUUGUACAGAUGGUGUGCUCUCAGAUUAUACCCUGGUUUGUGACGAUGGAGCAAGGUACCGUAUAACUGUAAAAACUGCUGACAUCAAAUGGUGGACGGGUGAGGGCACAGAUGGAGAGGUAUACUUGUAUAUGUACGGUUCAAAAGGGAGCAGCGGCAAAAUCAUCUUAGAUGGAAAGUUUGAGGCUGGUUAUAAGGAUAUUAUAGUUGGCGAUUUUGUUGAUGUCGGAGAGAUCAACAAAAUUCAAAUCGGUGUGAAGGCCCUUCACAGCAGGUUUGAUGGUUGGAAACUGGAAUCCGUACUUAUUGAAGAUGUUUCCAGAAGUGCAUAUUACAAUUUUAUACACAAUUUGAGUGAAAUUGACAAUACCAGCAUCCUUCUUCAUCGAGUCGCUUCCUGUAGUCCACCUGCUGGCUUAAGAAAUGUAAACCCAUUUUACGUAGACGGCCACACACUCUACCUCGAUUCAUCUAACUGUGCGGAAGGUUACAUUCCAAACUCUUCAUCUACGAAGUGCACGGCGACGGGGUGGACGAUUAAUGCCGUAUGCAGUCAAAUUGUCUGUAGUCCGCCUGCUGGCUUAAGAAAUGUACACCCAUUUUACGUAGGCGGCCAAACACUCUACCUUGAUUCAUCUAAAUGUGCGGAAGGAUAUAUUCCAAACUCUUCAUCUACGAAGUGCACGGCGUCUGGGUGGACGAUUAAUGUCGUCUGCAAUCAAAGAAAAUCAACGUCAACGUACAGAAUCCGUGUAAAAACCAUCGAUUUUGAUAAAGACCCUUGGGGUGGGACAAGACAGAAUGUUCGUGUAAAAAUUCAAGGAAGACAGGCAGAAACCACGUGGAUACCUAUUUGGGGUGGUUUUUCUGGUGGACGAAUAUCGGAAACGAGAUUUUCAAUCAAUACUAUUGAACAGAUUGAGAAGAUUCAUCUGAAGGCCUAUGGGAACGUUGACGUACGAGAGAAAUGGAAGCCAGAUUACGUUACAAUUUAUGUUGAAGACACGGACGAGUUAUACGUAUUUCGAUACACAAAGGAAGAAUACUUGCUCAACAACGCAACAAUCAUUUACCCAGAAGCUUCCUGUAGUCCGCCUGCUGGCUUAAGAAAUGUAAACCCUUUUUACAUAGUCGACGACACACUCUACCUGGAUUCAUCGAACUGUGCCAAAGGUUACAUUCCAAACUCUUCAUCUACGAAGUGCACUGCGACGGGGUGGACGAUUAAUGUCGCAUGCAAUCAAAUUUUCUGUAGUCCGCCUGCUGGCUUAAGAAAUGUACACCCAUCUUACUUAGACGGCCACACACUCUACCUUGAUUCAUCUAACUGUGCGGAAGGUUACAUUCCAAACUCUUCAUCUACGAAGUGCACGGCAUCUGGGUGGACGAUUAAUGUCGUCUGCAAUCAAAGAAAAUCAACGUCAACGUACAGAAUCCGUGUAAAAACCAUCGAUUAUGAUAAAGACCCUUGGGGUGGGACAAGACAGAAUGUUCGUGUAAAAAUUCAAGGAAGACAGGCAGAAACCACGUGGAUACCUAUUUGGCGUGAUUUUUUUCCAGGACGAAUAUCGGAAACGAGAUUUUCAAUCAAUACUAUUGAACAGAUUGAGAAGAUUCAUCUGAAGGCCUAUGGGAACGUUGACGUUCGAGAGAAAUGGAAGCCAGAUUACGUUACAAUUUAUGUUGAAGACACGGACGAGUUAUACGUAUUUCGAUACACAAAGGAAGAAUACUUGCUCAACAACGCAACAAUCAUUUACCCAGAAGCUUCCUGUAGUCCGCCUGCUGGCUUAAGAAAUGUAAACCCUUUUUACAUAGUCGACGACACACUCUACCUGGAUUCAUCGAACUGUGCCAAAGGUUACAUUCCAAACUCUUCAUCUACGAAGUGCACUGCGACGGGGUGGACGAUUAAUGUCGCAUGCAAUCAAAGUAAUAUGCUUUGAGUACAAUUAGAAUUACAUAUAAUGGCGCUUGUGAUACAAUGAACAAUGUAUAUACGUACAAAUUGGUGUAUUUUAAUCAUUACAGAUGCAAUAGUAAUAGUUAUUGCAACAUUGAACUUUACAUGUAGAGAUGGUACUGAAAAUUGUCCAGCCCAUAGUGGUGUCAUCUCUGAACUAAACAAAUGAACGUCGCGUCAAUCUUCUAGGUUUAUAUCCUUUUACAAUGUUUAAUUUCAUAGUUUCAAGCAUAUGCUUUUGCGACUAAGAUAUACUUCUAGAAAUUCGUUGAUACAUAUGUCACUGCCUUUAACUAUUACGAGUAAAAGUUAUUGAUGUAUGAAAGUGUUACCUUUCUUUUCGGACAGCCUGUACCAAGUGCAGAUAACUCAUGAAAAUGAUUAACUAAUUAACCCGACAUAUUUAGUGAUUUGGUAACAAACUUAACGAUCUAGUAAGUAAAGUAAUACAAAAAAAACAUUUUGGAUACCUUUAUUUAUGAUAUAUAUGACUUAGGUCAAUACCGCGUAUUAUUUUUGAAAAUGAUAUACUUUAAGUGCAUAUAUAGCAUGUCUGUUAGCUUGACUGAGAGAUAUUGACCUCCUUUAUACUUCUUGCUCAUUUAGGUUAAUCAAACAAAUGCUUGUGACUGCUUUAUUAAAUACUCUAAAAAGUAAAUCAAUAGCUAUUUGUAAUUGAUGUCAUUUCUUUAGGUAAUACAAAAAAGUAAAUAUAAUGGUGUCUAAUUGCUUCCAUAACACAAUGGAGAUUACAGGGACAAUCAGCCAAACAGAGGCAAUAGGUAAAUGCCUAACAUACACUUGUUAAAAUAGUAAGGGUUUACCGCCUAGAAACAGAUGUUCAUUCAACCGUUCUCAACACUCAUCAACGAUAGCAAUGUUAAAAAAUGUCCGUAUUCGAAGGACCUACAGUAGCAAUAGCAGCAUAUUUUGUUCGAGUAUACUAAUCAUGUUUAACACCAUUUAAAGGGGCUAGACCUCGAUGGUUCCAAAAUCGGCAAAUACAGUACUCCUCAAAACAAGCCUAGAAUAGUUAAUACGAGCAAGUAGGAAGCCGAUAAACAUCCUUUUACAUGACUAAAGAUCAUAUCGCCCCACACGCUGACUCCCGUUUUAAAAAAAGCGCGCAAUAGUUUGCCUGUCAUGAUCUGUGUCUACGUUCUUUGGCAGCAGUUUAUGCUUUCUUGCACUCCCCGUCCUUUUGAAAAGCCAUAAAGUGUGUAUGGUAAGAAUAUGAAAGCAACGUAAUGAAUGUCAAUAAAUUUACCAACGCUAUUUUUAAACUUACUUUGUAGACAAAUCCAGUAGAUAUCGCGUUUGAAAAAUGUACGGCAAUCGACGUAAAAUCCAAUUUUGGAGAAAUAAAACCCCACUCAUUAUUCAUUUGUUACUGGCAUCUACUUUUUAUUGUACACAUAUGCGAAUAUAUUGGAAAAUAAACAAUAUUAAUACACAUCUAGGCCAUACCACCUGGAGGCGCUCUCAUUCAUGGCCCAUUUCGAAUUUCAAAAAAAAAUAAAAUAAUAAAAACAACCGAAAAGUGUUUAGUAUUAUUUGUUUCACUUUAACUUUGUUUGUGAGUUGUUGUUUUUUAACAAUUUAUUGGUUUACGUAAUAAAACAGUUUUUAUAAAAAAAAAAAUAGAACCACUAAAUAGUAACACCAAGUUAAAUCAUUUGUACGUCUGACUAUGUUAAAACUUGG